AUGCAUCAACGUGCCCUCAGCUUCCAAUCAGACCCAACUCAGCCAGGACUCCUUGAGAUCAGCGGGGAUACACUUUUGCGAUUUCAAGCAUUUUUGGAAUCAGGAGGCGCCUUGGUGCUUUUUAUUGGCGUUUUCACAAGCCUUUUGGCGACUUAUUACUCGGCCAAAAAUGAUAACUUAUUGCUAAGUGUUCGGCUAAUCCUAACGGGCGAAAAUGUGCAACGAUUCGUCUAUACGAUAAUUAAAAUGGCAAACUACUUGUGCACAGUCUUUUCGAUCUCUGGAUGUUCAAUUGAUGGCAUCGCCGGCUCUAUUCUCUACAAUGGACGGAGUUUAUCCAUCAUGAUCGCGUUUUGUCAGAUGUUCGUCUCAUUCAGUCGUUUCAUGGCCGUUUCUUUCGAUGGAAUAUUCAUCAGUCUGUUCACCAUUGUACAGUAUCCAUUCUUUGGCUACUUCUUAUCGAAUGUGGCAUUGCUGGUGAACUCAAAUGUCUCCACAUAUAUUUACACGCUUGGACUGAGUUAUAUAAACAUGGUAUACUUGAAAAAGAAGCUGUCCUCAGGGAGUGAAAAAGAAAGGUACAACAACGCAGUUUCUCCUCGAUCCGGCAAGAGUACACUGUUACAGAAGGCUGAGCCAUUCACACAGAAACCACCAUUUAAGUUGGCGUUUGCCGCACAGCAAGCGGCGACGCCGUUC